AAGCUAAUCAAUCCAGCGCUAGGUUUCAUCGGGAGAGGUUGGAAUUCGGCUUUCGUUUCUCGGUUUUUAGUUUUAUUUUUCUUUCACUUAGAACAAUUUUAGUCAAUCAGUGCAAAAAAAAUGAAACUGUUCAUUGUGCUCAGUGCACUACUCGUCGCUGCAUUCGCUCAGGAUGGACCUAAAGUCACGGAUAAGGUCUUUUUCGACAUCACCAUCGGCGGUAAACCGGAGGGACGCAUUGUGAUUGGACUGUUUGGCGGAACCGUUCCGAAAACUGCGAAAAACUUCAAAGAACUAGCGGAAAAUACGGUUGUGGGCGAAGGCUACAAAGGAAGCAAAUUCCACCGCGUGAUCCGCGACUUCAUGAUCCAGGGUGGCGAUUUCACCCGUGGCGACGGAACCGGUGGACGCUCGAUCUACGGCGAACGGUUCGCCGAUGAGAACUUCAAGCUGAAGCACUACGGCGCUGGAUGGCUGUCGAUGGCUAACGCCGGCAAGGACACCAACGGUUCGCAGUUCUUCAUCACCGUGAAGCAAACCAGCUGGCUCGAUGGACGUCAUGUUGUGUUCGGCAAGGUGUUGGAGGGAAUGAGUGUGGUGCGGAAGAUCGAAAACACAAGCACCGACGGGCGGGACCGUCCGUCCCAGGACGUUGAAAUCGCCGAUUCGGGCUCACUGCCCGUCGAUGCACCGUUCUCGGUGGAGAAGAGCGAUGCUCGCGAUUAAUGCCAUGCAGCUUUGUUUGCUACUUCCAGGAGAGUGCAUUUAAUGUGAUUAAAGAAAUAAUGAGAAAGAGAGAGAGCAAUGAAGAAAUACGAUUUUAAAAA